AGAGAAGGGGAUGAUUAAAGGCAGAAGAAAGACAGCAAGAGGAGAGGCAGGGAGGGAUGGAGGAGAGGGAGACAGAGGGAGAGAGAGGGAGCAAGCGUCAGCACUCCAUGUGUUAAAAGGGCAGAUGGUAACGGCGGGGUAACUGAGGAGCAAACCACUCUGCCGGCCACAGAGCCAGAGAUCAGCGGAGGGAGGGAGGAGCGCGAGCACAUGCGGAGGAGAGGAGCAUCUGAGAGGAGGCUGCACGCGCUGCUCUGACAGGAAGGACAGGACUGAGAGAGAGAAAGUAGACCUGCUCCAUACUUAGACAAAGAGCGAGGAGAAACACCAGGGAACUGAGGAAGAGGAAGAAGAGGUGGAGAUAGUUAGAGCAACUGCGAGACUGAUCAAUUUCACCAAGAAAUUUAGACUCAGCGGAAAAGACACAGAGGGAGGGAGAGGGUAGUCAGCGACGGGGAAGGAUUGAUGAAUAAGAGAUGGGUGAAAAGACUUAAAGAGAAAUAUUUAACUGGAGACAGGGACAUCUAGCAAAUCCAGAAAAGACGGAGAAAGCAUCCCAGAAAAGCCGAGGAGGAACAGAGGGUGAAAUAUUUACGAGGACCCGGGCGCUGAAAGGAGGGAGUCGGAGCUGGGGAGGAACUUCCAAAAAACUUGGAGAAGAGAGAGAAUAAAUCAGUGCAAGCAGGGAGGAAAACCGAGCUGCUCCUCCUCUUCUCCGUCUACUUCCUAAUAAAAGCCAACGAGCAGGAGAAGCACAGCAGAAGGAAGAGAAGGAAGUUUCAAGAUUUGGAAAAAAAGAGCUAGAUAGAUAUUUAACCUCAUGAAAGUCGACUUUAUCCAAUGGCGUGCUACUACAUCGUGAUCAGUUCCACCCACCUGCGUGACGGACAGCUGAGGAGCAUCAAAGGGGUGUUCAGGGGACCAAUAGGAGCCAGCGGCCAGAGGAACACGGAUGAAGGAGACUCCAGGUUUUACUGUGAGCUCUGCAACAAGCAGUACCUGAGACAGCAGCAGUACGAGAACCACAUUAACUCCUACGACCACCAUCACAAGCAGCGCCUGAAGGAGCUGAAGCAGAGGGAGUUUUACAGAGCGCUGGCCUGCAGGAGGCAGAGGAGGCGCAGGGAGGAGAAACGAGAGGAGAGAGCGCUGAGGAGAGUUCAUCAGCGUGACGCGAGGCGGACCGGAGAGUGCGCUCCGGGUUCUGGUCCGAUGUUCCGGUCCACCACAGUGGCAAUCGACCCAGCGAAUCAGCCCCAACCAAAUGUCGAGCGGAACUGGGAAGCUUUUCAUCCGAGCGGCGCUGAACGGGCAACAAAACCACAGACCCAGCUGAUCCAACCCUUCCUCCCCCUCGACCCCACACUCGAGUCCAGACUCCUGAGCAACACUGAUUGGGCGUACGGCCAAACGGAUGCAAACCACUCUGCAGCUGCUGCUGACGAACCCUGCAUCCUCAAAAAGACCCAUCUGGACUGCGGCCGCCUCAGCGCCAACCACACGAUAAACCCUGAUGACACAAACUGUACCGUUUCAAAUCACUUCUACAAGCAUUUGACGCCUUGUUGUUACACGAGUAACGCCAUGACUGCUAUAGAUGUCCCAACAGCUGCCACUGGCACAAAAUCCUGCGAGCACCCUGACCUGAACCCAAAUGACAACAGAAGCAAGGUGAUGAGUACGGCUCACGCCCUGUCGGCCCCCAGCCGGCUUCGCCCCGUGUCCUUCUCCCUGCCGAAGCGGACCUGCGUCCUCCUGCACCAAUCGGCUGCAGUCUUCAUCCAAGCCGGACAGGGUUCGGGAUUGCCAGGGAAACAAGUAGGUGUGGCAAAUCAGGAAAGGACAAAAAACCUUGGGGAGAAAGUUACUGAUCAGGGGUCAAAGUCUCUGGUGUGUUCGGAUGUGGAUGCCUGGGACACUGGAAACCAGUGCAGUGUGGACAGUAAGAUUGAAUUCCGGCCUGCUGAGUCUGCUGACAAAGGACCCUUGGGACCGCCUGGGAAUAAUGCCCAGGUUUCCUCAUCCAAUCGCAAUGUGAUUGGAGAAGAGAACUUGACAAUUAGUGGGAGUGGAGCCCAGCUCUCUUUACGUAAGGACAAUGGGACAGAAGCCCAACGUGGGAUUGAAGCUCAUCUUUAUUUAAACAGUGACACACCAGAACAGAUUUCUGACAGCAUCAGCACCGAUUCAGCACACAGAAAAAAUGAGGUCCACCAUCAAGAAACAACACAUCAAGAAGGUGAAGACCUGCUUACCUCUGCCACAAAUCAUCCAGAGAAGUCUGACUCUUGUGUCGUAAAUGAGAGUCCAAAAGAAUCAAGCCUCCUCUCAUUAACCUGUUGCAACGCAUCAACGCCUGUAAAUCCAGAUCGUCCCAAAGAGCCUUUCUGUCAGGUUCUGAGCCGUGACAGAGUCAGGGUUCUUCUCUGGCCCACAGAGAUGGUAAACUACACCAAGACAUCGCCCUCCAUCUCCUACAGCGUCAACCCUCUACUGUACGACUUCAGAGCCCAUCACAAGGCCAAAAAAGGGGGCACAGAAAAGAAAGGGGGACUAGAGGAAGGGAGGGAGAGAAUAAAGCCAUCUGUGAUCAAACAACCCGACUGCCAAGAGAGGCAUGAAGAUACAGAGGGAGGAAAGGAAGAGAAGAUAGAUGAAAGGAGAGAAGAGGCAGAGGGAGGACAGGCGGGAAAUCCUGUGGAAGUUGUCGACCAUUGUGAUGGUGGCGACGCAAUCCAGGGCCGCUCCAGUUGCCGUGAUGAAAAUGCUUUAAAAUUUGUUCCCCUCUCUGCAGAAUGCCACCAUGCACCAGGCCUUCAAAAAGCAGCAAGGAGAAGGAGAAGGAGGAGGGCAGGGAUGGGGAGGGGAACAAAGAGAAGGGGGAGAAAGAAAAGAAGAGGAAAGGCGGAUAAAAAAGACUCGGAAAAGGGAAGGAUAAUGAGUCCCUUCUUUGCAACUCAGAUGUUUGAAGGGAGAGGGGAAGAGAAGCUGAAAAGAGAGGGCAACAUAAAAGACGAGAGGAGAGAUAAAGAGCUAUUAAGUAAUCUCACUGCAAAUCAGCUGGUAGGAGGGAGAGAAAAGAAGACGAGGGAAGAGGAGCAAAGGAUGAGAAGGGAUCAGAUGAUGCGAGAGAGGGCAGGUAGAAAUGACGAGAAGAGGGGAGAGCUAUUAAGUAAUCUUCCCAUGAAUCGGUGUAAUCGGUGUAACCAGCUGUGUGUGCAGGUGAAGCGGGAGGCCAGCCAGCAUCAAUCCCACCAAUCAGUCUCCGGAUGGGGCCCAGGGCUCAGAAAGCUCCUCUGCAGGAGUGCAGCAUGCUGCUCUGUGAUUAGCCACGUCCCCAAGUCUGUUAUGGAGACACCACGCUGUCCCGCAAUUACACCCGUCCCUGCCGAGGAUGACAAAGGGACGGGAGUGAUCCACAAAGACGCACAGGCGGGGAAGAAGGAGGGCGGGCAGGAGCAAAGGAAUCCGAGGAGCGGCGAGAUAAGAGGCGCUGAGGAAAACACGUGUAAGCUAGCGAUUAGCGGUGUUACUUUCCCCCGUCGAGACGCUGCAUGCGAGGAGGAAAUGUGUCUCGUUCCUAGACCUCAUGGAGAAACGGUAGGAAAUCCGACGAUUAGCCCCAUCUCCGCUUCCUCCAGAGACGCAGCAUGUGGUCAAACACAAACAAUACCUGCAGGACAAAGCUGCACCACGACAGUUGAGAGCCUGUGCUGUUUGGAAGCAGAGCCGAGAAUCGGAUCGGCCUGUGGGGAAGUGGCUCCCCCUCCCGCUCAUUUGCUUGCAGGAUUGUCCAGAAAGAGGAAGGGAGGAUCUCCGGAGCCGGUGGCACCUAAGAAGAAACGAAGACGAGGCAGGAGGCAAUUGAGGAGAUUCAUGAAUGUUCUACUCAAGAGGCAAGAAAGAAAACAGGCCAGCUUGACCUCUGACCUCAGUGACAGAGGGGACUGUUGUUGUCAGCUCAUACCUACAGACUGCCACCCAAUCUGUAAGACCCAACAGCCCCUGAGCCACAACACCAACACUGACGAGGAACCACUUAGCUGCGGUUCUGACCAUCAAGACAAGCCCUGCUGUUGUGAUGAGAGUCAUGGAACUGCUAACGACGGCAGACAAUUUGACUGUGAUCGCUCUGAAGGAUUGACACAACUCAGUGACUGUCACACCUGUAACACCUCAAUGCCGCACCGACAGGGAGCUGAGCGGUCCAUCAGGGAUGAUGGACUUAAUUCUGCCGUCUGCUGUGAUCACGAUACAACUUUUAUCAAAGGAUGUCAUUUGGUUGACCGGAAUCCUGAUUGUACUUUGAACAAAACAGAACCAUUAGGUUGUGCACAGUUAACAGGUACCCUCAGAUGUAGCACCAACAACCUUUGUCAGCGUGAAGACAAGCACACCAAAACAGAGUGUCAAAGCACAACUGAUGACGGUUUUCGUCGCAGUUGUGACUCUGUCGAUAAAAUUGUCAGGAGCGGUCAGAGCGAAGAGGGUGAAACCGAAGCACAGGGUCACGACAGCGCCCCCCUCUCUGGUCCAGACGGUGGUUAUGGGAGCAGCCGGGGUGUUCUUCAGACUGAAACUGACAGCGGUCAGUGCCAUGGUUUCAACAGUAAUCCUGAUUGUAAUCCCAGCAGUAAUACUGCUAAUAACACCAGCACCAGAAACGAAGCAGAACAUGUACACACCGGGGAGAGGCAGAGGAAGGAGGAGGAGGAAGAGGAGGAGAAGCGGCUGGAGAGAAAGAGGGAGGAGUGGGAGAAGGAGUGGGUGAGGAGGAAGGAGAAGGAGGAACGGGAGAGGAGGAAAGGGAUAGAGUUGGAGCAUCUGUUUUCAGAGAAGAGGCAGUGUUUUCCUCCUCACCUCCCCCCACGCUGCAUCCCCCUCCAUGCUCCACUCCUCCUCCAGCCGUCCCUCUCAUCUUCCUCUUCCUUCUCCUUCCACCACACCUUCAUCCAGCACAACCUCUCCCUUCUGCCACCUCCAUCACACCUCCCGCUCUCCUCAUACCCCCACUUCCUACCCCCCUUCUCCCCUCACCUCUCUUCUCUUGCCCCUGCUCCUCCGCCACCUCCACCGCCGCCCCCUCCACCUCUCCCUCCUUCAUUCUACGCUUCCUCCCCCAUCCCGCUGCUGGACGCUCCCGGUCCGUACCCUUUAGCGGCUUUUCAUCCCGUUCAGAGUCACCACCCAUCCCUGUACCCUCCUCCCCAUCCGGCAGUUCUGCCCUUACAGGUGUUGCUGUAGGCUGCCAUUCCCCAAGACAAAUCCCACAUCAUUGCCUAAAUAUCACAUCCAGGGUGGAAUAUGAGUCAUUUUAAGGAGAGCGUAAUCAGAAAACAAAGUCUAUCUGUCUUCAUGCAGAGCCUCUUGGAGUCCUUACACUCCAGUACUGAUUCACAUGUCUGGAAAAAAAGAAAUAUAUAUAUAUAAAAAGAUGGAUAAUUAUCCUCAUCAGUCGCAAUCCCGCUCUAAAUGAGCCUCAGGUGUGCAGCCUGUGGGAUCGUGGCGGGAAUACGCAGCUGGGCUCGUUUCCCUCGGCGGAAAUCAGUCGACGUCUCCCGUUUAGCAUUUUAAACCAAUCAUUUACUUUCACGAUGAAUUUUGGCAACACUAAAAAGAGAAAGAAAAAAGUUCAGCCACGCAUCCCUUUUAGAUAUCUUCACUCUGUGAUCAUAAACACGCGCUGUUUGGUUUACAUUUUCUCCCCGAGAGGUUUCACAUCGUUUCUGUCGACGCCACACAGCCGCGUCAGAGGAAAGGCAGAUCUUCAAAUACAAUUGUAAAAAUGUUUAUAUCCCUUGAACUGUCACCUUUCUUACGUUUGUGUCAUAUUAUAAACAUGAACUGUCGUUUAUUGGGAUUAGAGAAACAUAAAAUAAGUGAAAAGCAGACAGAAAUCAAAAUUCUUUACAAAGACAGAUCUGAUAUUUGCAUUUCUAUUCAGCUUCCUCCUGAGUUAAUACUUUCCUCUCCCUGCUGAAGGAAAGCAUCGCCCACACAGCGAUGGUAGUGUGUAAGGGGACGAGUUUUUCUGCUCACAUAACGUUUUAGGAAUUCAUAUGAGUUUUUAAUCAACAGUAACUUUCUUCCAUAAGAGCCAGAUUUUUGAAACAUAAUUUUUUAUGCAUGAUGGAUUGAGCAGUUCACUAAUGUUCUCUGAAAAACAAACCAGAUAUCAGGUGACUUUGAAGGGAAUCAGUUGCAUCAGCUUUUAUCAGAGUAAAUGUUAGCCAUGCAUUUCAGAUUUUUAAUUUUAAGGAUGAUAUUCCUUCCAAUUAACAGUAGCUGCAUUUCCAUUCUCCAUAUAUUUGUGCAAUUUGAUAUUUCGAAAAUAAAUUUGCCUAAUGGAAAUUCCAA